AUGGCCCUUUCCUCCCACCCCUUCUUUUUCCGUGAAGACGAGAUGCAUGAGAGACAGAGAGAGAGACAGAGGCAUAUCUGGCAGUUUCGCGUCCGCCGCUGGUGGUGGGGCGGUCCGGCCCGUCCGGGCCUCCGCUCCCCCUCCAACCGCCUGAACGUCUUCCUCGCCGAAUCAGAAAGGCAUGCCGAACGUUUCGCGGACCCCGUGUGCGACGAAGACGAGACGCGGCAGAGGACCAAGAAGGUUGUAUUACUCGCGCUCACACUCUCUGAGUUGGCGAAACCCAGGAGACAUACGCGCUUAAUCUGA